AUGACUUCAGUUAAGAAAUCUCCCUUCAAUUUAGAGACUUGCGCUCGUCCCAAUAUUCUUGCGUUGGAACCAUAUCGCUGCGCAAGAGACGACUACAAAGACGAUGGGACGAACAUCCUCCUCGAUGCCAACGAGAAUGCCUAUGGGCCGACCAUCUCCCCUGAAAUCUCCGCAGCUACUUCCCUGUCGAAACCCAAAGACCCGGCGUCAAUCGACUUUCUGGGUCUCCACCGAUACCCAGACCCUCACCAGCACGACCUCAAACAGCUCCUCUGCAACCUCCGCAAUACCCACGUCCACACCUCGAAAUCUAUUACCCCUGCCAAUCUAUUCGUAGGAGUGGGCAGCGAUGAAGCAAUCGAUGCGCUGCUGCGCUGUUUCUGCGUUCCCGGCCGCGAUAAGAUUCUCGUCUGCCCGCCCACAUAUGGCAUGUAUUCCGUGUCCGCGCAAGUAAACGACGUCGGCCUUGUGAAGGUUCCCUUACUCCCAGCUCCCGAAUUCGACCUCGACGUGCCGGCCAUCACCGCUGCGCUCUCUGGCCCCGAGGCCGCGAACAUCAAGCUGGUAUAUAUCUGCUCGCCGGGCAACCCCACGGCGUCUUUGGUCAAGAAGGAGGAUCUGAGACGGGUGCUGGAACACCCGACUUGGAAUGGAGUCGUCGUGUUGGAUGAGGCAUAUAUUGAUUUUGCGCCCGAGGGCUCCUCGCUCGCCGAGUGGGUUGCCGAGUGGCCGAAUCUAGUCGUGAUGCAGACGCUCUCCAAAGCUUUCGGCCUCGCGGGCAUCAGAUUAGGAGCCGCAUUCACAUCACCGCAAAUAGCGUCCCUGCUCAACAACCUCAAGGCACCAUAUAACAUCUCCAGUCUCACAAGCGCAAUUGCCUGCCAAGCAUUGCAAGAGGGAGGACUAAGCGUCAUGCGGGGCAACCGCGAGAGGAUCCUAGCACAGCGAGACAGGCUCCUAAGAGAACUGCCCAAGGUGAACGGGAUAGGGAGAUUCCGGGGCGGAGCAGCGAGCAAUUUCCUCCUAGUGGAGAUCCUAGACGCAGCCGGUAAGCCCGACAACGUCACAGCCUUGAAGGUCUACGAGAGACUGGCCGAGAACAAAGGCGUCGUGGUCCGCUUCCGCGGAAAGGAGCACGGCUGUCUGGGCUGCCUGCGGAUCACCGUCGGCACCGAAGCCGAGGUGACUCGAUUCCUCCAGGAAAUCGAGGCGGCCAUCAGGGAGGUGCACGGCGAGGCUGGGGAGAUCAAUGGCGCUGCUGAGCAGCAGGCGGAGAAGCUGGCGAAUGGCAUUGUUUCGUAG